UCAGCAAAUAAGAAUCAGAAGUCUAUAUUAUGUGGACCAGUGCUUAAUGGAAAAGGAAUAAAGGAUAGUAAAACUACAGCUCAAGAGUUAUUUGACAUCGACAUUUAUGGAAUCUGUUUUUAAGAAAAAGAACAUUGGAUAUGCGUCUUAUGGCCGAACAUCGAUAUAAAGUUCAGGUGAUAAAAAAUACACCAAGAGAAGAUUAUUUUAUAAAAAUGAUGAAAAAGUUGGGACGAGCUUGUGUAACGAUAGAAAUGUUAUCCAAUAAACCCAGUAAAUCUCUCAAGGUGACAUUAAAUGAUCUCCGUACAGCAAAUAGAGGGGCUGCAUUCAUCUUUUACAACUGUGCCAGGUUGUCAGUUUUGUUGAAAGAAUUUGAAAAAAGGGUAUUGAAAGGUAUAUAUCCUGCUCAUCCUGAUGUUACAGAAGUUGAUUUUUCUGUAUUAAAUCAACCAGAAGAAUGGGAAUUAUUUUAUGUGUACAUUCUACAAUUUCCAUUAGUUAUCAAGGGUUGUAUAAAGGACAUAUGCAAGAAUAUAUUUAAUCCACAAUAUUUGGUUACAUUUCUUUCCAAUUUAUCAUCACUUUUUAGUGCAUACUACAGAAGAGUUAGGAUAUUGACGGACCCAAGACAACAUUUAGUUCCUGUCUUACAUGGAAGAAUAUAUUUAUUAAAAGCUUUACAAGUUGUUUUUCACAAUUCCCUUAUUUUGUUGAAUAUUGAACCUAUUAAAGAAAUGUAG